AUGGAGUUUGAUCGACUUGAACUGUCCGAUCCGGGUGGUUCGUCGCGUUCCACCGCGCCUCUAACAAACUCCACCACAUUCAACUCCAACCAGAAAAACAAAAAGAAAGUCAUCAUGCUUUCAAUACUCGCCGCAGCUUUAAUCAUCGCCUCCGCCGUCUCCGCCGCACUCAUCACCGUCGUCCGUUCGCGCGCUUCCGAUAAUCAAAGCACCUCAAACCUCCGCGCCAAACCAACUCAAGCAAUCUCCCGAACCUGCAGCAAGACGAGAUUCCCCACACUUUGCAUCAAUUCACUCCUCGACUUCCCGGGAUCCACCUCCGCCUCAGAGCAAGAACUCGUUCAUAUCUCAUUCAACAUGACACACCGCCACAUCAGCAAGGCACUCUUCGCGUCCUCAGGCCUCUCGUAUACAGUCGCAGACACUAAAGUCCGUGCUGCAUACGAGGAUUGCCUGGAACUAAUGGACUCGUCCAUGGAUGCAAUAAAGCUUUCCAUGGACUCUCUCACAACCAUGUCCUCGACUUUAUCCCGGAAUGAUCAAGAAACUGGUCUCACAGGAUCAAACGAGGACGUCAUGACGUGGCUAAGUGCCGCGUUAACAAACCAAGACACGUGUUUGGAGGGAUUUGAUGACACUACCGGCAAUGUUAAGGAUCAGAUGGUUGGAAAUUUAAAGGACCUGUCGGAACUCGUGAGUAAUUCUCUAGCGAUAUUUUCUUCGAGUAGUGACGGUGAUUUCACGGGAGUGCCGAUACAGAACAAAAGAAGAUUAAUGGGAAUUGAUGAUAAAAAGCGUGAUAGUGAUGUUAUUGUCGGUGAUAUCUCGCGAGAAUUUCCGGAAUGGCUUCACAAACGAGAUAGGAGAUUGUUGAGUUUACCGGUAUCGGAGAUACAAGCUGAUAUCGUCGUUUCAAAUAGUGGCGGAGACGGCACGGUGAAGACAAUUGCAGAAGCUAUUAAGAAUGCGCCGGAACAUAGUAGCCGCCGAUUCAUAAUCUACGUAAGGGCAGGAAGGUAUGAAGAGAAUAAUUUAAAGAUUGGAAAAAAGAAAACCAACAUCAUGUUUAUAGGAGAUGGGAAGGGCAAAACUGUCAUUACAGGAAGAAAAAGUGUUGCAGAUGGCAUGACCACUUUCCACACCGCUUCCUUUGCUGCUAGUGGUGCUGGAUUCAUGGCACGUGAUAUCACAUUUGAGAACUAUGCUGGACCGGAGAAGCACCAAGCGGUGGCGCUCCGUGUCGGAGCCGAUCACGCGGUGGUGUACCACUGCGACAUUUUGGGGUAUCAAGACUCGUGCUAUGUACACUCUAACCGUCAAUUCUACCGUGAAUGUAGCAUCUAUGGCACGGUCGAUUUUAUAUUUGGAAAUGCUGCAGUAGUUUUUCAAAAAUGCAACAUUUACGCGCGUAAGCCCAUGGCCCAACAAAAGAACACAAUCACAGCACAAAAUAGAAAAGACCCGAAUCAAAAUACAGGUAUAUCCAUUCAUGAUUGCCGGAUCUUGCCCGCCCCGGAGCUCGCUGCAUCAAAGGGCAGCAUUGAGACGUAUUUGGGCCGUCCAUGGAAAACGUAUGCUAGGACCGUCUAUAUGUUGUCCUACAUGAGUGAUCAUGUGCAUCCACAUGGAUGGCUAGAAUGGAAUGGAGAAUUUGCUUUAAAAACAUUGUAUUAUGGUGAGUACAUGAACUAUGGGCCGGGUGCAGCCAUCGGGAAACGGGUCAAAUGGCCCGGAUACCGCGUCAUUACUUCUACGGUGGAGGCCAAUCGAUACACAGUGGCCCAAUUCAUCUCCGGUUCAUCGUGGUUACCGUCCACCGGCGUGGCAUUUUUGGCCGGGCUAUCCACUUGA